GCAUCUCCUGACUAAUUCCUUGGAGUAUUUGCAGGUUCCAGUAGAAAAUUAAGGGUCGUGGCUUCUUCUGGAUCCCCUUUUGUGCUAAAUUACAGAAAAAAGAAUGCUCUAAAAAUCUCUUGUAGGCUUUGUCAGGAGUUUUCAUAUCGCAGGAACAUGCGUAUUUCACAUGGAUAGAUCACAUGACUGAUUUGGGGAAGGGCCCAGAGUGUUUUCCACCCUGAAAGAUCAGUUCUCUGUUCCCUGUGCCUUCUUGACUCUGGGACAUUCCCAUUUUAUUUCCUUGUUUUCUUGAGCUUUUCCCUUUCUUUGCCAUUACCCCUCACAAAUCUGGGCCUAACCCAAUAUUAAACUUGGGCCCUUCAUGUUUAAAAUCUCCCUCACAGAAGGUAUUAUUCCUCUCUUACUUUUUCCUUCCAUGGAUCCUGUUUUCCUGCCAAGCCUUCCUGGGCAAUGUCAAUGAAGGUGUUUUCCUGUUCUAAGCUUCUAUUUUACUGCCCUUUUCUCCUCUCUCCAUGUCUUUCAGUGGCACUCAUUCUUUCAAAGGCCACUCUCUAACUCAUUAACCCUAUCACUUUAGAAAUAUAUGAAAGCCUUUCCAUGUUCUUUUUUCAUUAGUUGUCAAUUCCUCUUUAAAUUAAAUUAAUCCCUUGGGCAACCAAGUUUAAUUGAGUGACUGAAGGAAAUCAUGGUUCUUUCUUCUUGUUAGUUACCAUCUUAUGGGCCCCUGACUUAUGAUGACCCCAUGCACGAUGGGCUCUGAGUGUUGUGAUCCAUAGGGAUUUCACUGGCUGAUUUUUCAGUAGAUCACCAGGCCUUUCUCUCUAGUCUCUAUUAGUCUGAAAGUGCUGCUGAAACCUGUUGAGCAUCACAAAAACAUGUGUAGAGGAAGUGAGGUAAAUGAGGCCUGUAGGUCCCUCCUCAGGUUGAUGCUAAUGCUGAUGCCGGCCUGAGCAGUGUUUCCAGUCAGUGUAACUGAGACUCUGACUGGCCCUGCAGCUAAUGGAGACUGUCUCUCCUGCUGAGACAGUCAGAGAUUCUGGUACCUAGUGAACAGGAUUUUGCCACUGAGACCUCAAAUGACAGGCACAUGAGGAUGACCCAUAUAUGCUAUGGAAUCAGGGAGAGAAGGAAAAUCCAACCAAAAUGGUCUCUAACUGGGAAAAGUGAACAGGCCUGUGUGGCUUGUAGCAUUUUUUUCAUAUCUCAUUUCAAAAUGUAGACCUAUCUGAACAGGAGGAUCACUCUGGAGAGAACACUCCGUCUCUAGGUUUCAUCUCACCCGGAGCACAGCAGAGCAGGGGACUGAAAAUCCAGAUGGUGCACCUGGGCUGUAGCUUCUCUUUGUAUGAUGUUGCUCAGACUUCAUUCCCCAGGAAAGACUCCUUCAGAACUUUUUUUUUCAAUUUUGUUUAAUAGGCAAUGCAGUGUGUAACAUCAUAUGCCCACCUUUCCACCACACAGAUGAAACAGUUGCAGUCUGCCAACAAGGGUGUAUUCUCCUGAAAUAGGCCCACACAGGCCCAGACAUGGGAGGAAGGUAUUCAAAGUCCAUGGACUGCUUAUGCCUGGACAGGAGCUACUUCUGUCCUGAGCUCCCCAGGUUAGUGGAACUGGCAGAUAAUCCUUUCCCCCAAUUGUGAAUUUAUUCCUCCUCCAAGGCCAGGAGAAUGGCUCAGGACAUUCAGCAGAGCCUAUCUCAGACCCAGGGAAAUCAAUAGCCACUGAAGCUGGCUUGGGGGCUGGGGAUGCAGUAAAAUACAUGCAAGUAGUCAGCUUUUGCCGAAGAGCACCUUUCUUCUCUGGUUCUGGAGGUAUAAGUAGGCCCUGCAGCUGCCUGUCUCUCCCUGAGGAAACCGGGCCUGGAAUGCUACCGCCAGUUUGCUGCAGUCACUCCCAGGAAUGGUGCCAGAGGGUUUCUGGUGAUCAAGGUCUGGUAACUUCUCUCUGCUUCUGAACCAUCUCUUUCUCCCUCUGUCACUCAGUCCAAUUUCUAACUUUGCCUUUGAUGUUCAUGGUUCCUAGCUUAUCAUAAAUAUAAUCAUUUCACUGGUUUUGGGGGGGUCUUUGUUGUAAGGGGGACCACCGGAAGUGCCUGAUUACUCCACCAUCUUGGCUUCGCCUCUCAAAAUGGUCUUUUUAGUGAUGAAUAUGAUGCCAUCCUUCUUCAAUUUGUCAUUCCUGGCAUUAGAGGCCAUAUUUGAUUGUCUUAUUCACAAUGGCCAAUACCAGUCGAUUUCAGCUCACUAAUGCCUAGGAUGUCGAUGCUUAUUUGCUCCAUUUAAAUUAUGUUGCCUUCCAAUUUUUCUAGAUUCAUACUUUCUACUUUUCAUGUUCUUAUUAUUAAUGAAUGUUUGCGGCUUUCUUCUCUUUUUGAGUGGUGCCACAUCAGCAAAUGAAGGUCCUGAAAACUUUCCUUCAUCCACACCAUUAAGUUUGAUUCUACUUAAAGGGAACAGCUCUUCCUUGGUGGUAUUUUGAGUGCCUUCCGACCUGAGGGGCUUAUCUUUUAGCACUAUAUCAGGUGCUGCUUUCUUGGUGGUAUGAGCUCCUCCAUCUCUGCUGGCUUCCCUUUCCUUUUACCACUUGUAAGAUAAAAAGGUGGUGCAGGCCACACCCUAGGGAAACACCCUUUACACUGGAUCAGGGAUGUGAUCUGCUAAGAGUGUCACAAUCCCACCCUAAUCUUCUUUAACAUAAAAUUACAAUCACAAAAUGGAGGGUCACCACAGAAUAUGUGGAAUCAAGGCCUAACCAAGUUGAUACACACAUUUUUUGAAGGGCAUAAUUCAAUCCACUACACCCCCUCAAGAGUUUUACAGUUUCUGCCAGGUGCUUGGGGACUCUUCCAGUAGGUGGAACAGCUAAACAAAGUUCAAUGUUGCCAAGUUGCAGGCCCACUUAGGCCAUGUAUAGGUGGGGUAUGAAUCCAUGCAGGAACUGAUCUGCAAUCACAACUUCUUAGGGAAGUUUUCAUUUUCACCCUCUUCCUUUCCCCUUUCCUCUAGUGUUUUGUAACAAACUUAAGCAGUUUUUCUUGUAGUUCCAAGAUACUGAAGGGAGUGGUGGUCAGAAAAGAUCUGAUUUGUUCUUCCCCUGAGAUUGUAGACCCCAGGGUUCUUGGGUUCAUGUGGGAUUGAUUUCCUUCAGAAAUCCCAUCUGGGUGGUCUCUGGGGCCCCACUUGUGCUACUCUGGCCUUACAUGGUUCUGGAACCCAAACUCACUUCUUUGUAGUGUCUUAAAUGCAUUCAGGAUAAUGAGUAUUAUUACUCAAAUAUUUCUUGGUUGGAGGAAAUUCAUAACUCCACUCUAUCUUUCUUUUCAGACCUUGAAUGUUUUUAAGGAUGUAUCUGUAUCUAUAGAUAUAACCAAUAUAGACAUAAGGAAUGGAAAUCUAAAGAAUAUAUAUAAAUAUACAUAUAAAGGAGUCCCUGUAGAGUGCAAAAAAUUAACACACUCGCUCUUAACCAAAGGUUGAUGGUUCGAGUCCUCUAGAAGUGCCUGGAAAAAAGGCCUUAUGAUCUACUUCUAAAGAAUUAGCCAUUAAAAGCCUUAUGAAGCACAGUUCUUUCUAACAUAUAUGGGGUUGCAAUGAGUGGUAACCCAACUCAAUGGUAACUGGUUUAGUUUUCUGAAUAUAUGUAUGUAACUUAAAAAAAAAAAAACUUUUUAAUGAAAGGAUCUUGUUUAGAUAUAUUAUUGGUUGUUGCUUAUCUAAGAGAAAGCAGUUUAUAUUCUAUCUUCAUUAUACUCUUUUUAGAAAUUACAAUUUCUAAAUUGAUUUUGCAUCUUUCAUAGUUUAUCAGUCACAUUUCCAGAAUGACAUUUUUGGCUCUUUCUUUACUUAUGUACUUCCACAACCCACUGUCUUUGCAAGUUGCUUGCAUAAUUCUUGUCUGCUUUGCACAUGCCCCUCUGUGCCCUGCAGGAUACUCAGAGCUUUACAAAUUGGCUCUGUCCCCUCAGUGUGAACUGAGCUUCAUCAGGCAUGGCAACAGCACAGUGAUGAUGGCCCACACCCAACUCCUCAUGGUGUUGCUACUCUGGGUCUCAGAUGCCAGUGGGGACAUUGUGCUGACCCAGUCUCCAGCCUCUCUGGCUAAGUCUCAAGGAGAAAUGGUCACCAUCAACUGCAAGGCCAGCCAGAGUGUGAGCAGCAGCUACUUAAACUGGUACCAGCAGAAGCCAGGACAGGCUCCUAAGCUGCUCAUCUACUGGGCAUCCAGCCGGGCAUCUGGGGUCCCUGACCGGUUCAGUGGCAGUGGGUCAGGGACAGACUUCACUUUCACCAUCAGCAACUUCCAGCCUGAAGACGCCGCAGUUUAUUACUGUCAGCAAGGUUAUAAUUAUCAAGCUCCCACAGCAGGUGGAGGCAGCAAGAUGGUGUUACAGACUCCUGCACUCAUGUCGCUGUUGCUCUGGGUCUCUGGCGAGAAUGCACGUGCCGGUGGGGACAUUGUGCUGACCCAGUCUCCAGCCUCUCUGGCUAAGUCUCAAUUAGAAACAGUCACCAUCAACUACAAGGCCAGCCAGAGUGUGAGCAAGAACUUAGCCUGGUACCAGCAGAAACCAGGACAGGCUCCUAAGCUGCUCAUCUACUAUGCAUCAAAACAGGGAUCUGGGGUCCCUGACCGGUUCAGUGGCAGUGGGUCUGGGACAGACUUCACUCUCACCAUCAGCAACUUCCAGGCUGAUGAUGCAGCAGUUUAUUAUUGUCAGCAGCAUAAUAACCCACCUCCCACAGUGCUUCAGGCUCAAACACAAACCUCCUCCCAAGGGUUACAGGCCAGUGAGUCUUCACCUCACCAGCAGGUUCCUUUCUGCUUAGCCCUGAACUUGCACGCUUCCUCUCUCUACCCCAAAGACCACAUCUCUUGA